ACGACAAGGGAGACGAGCUGGUUCACAACGGUGCCUCGUAAGCACGAUUUUCAAGCCACCACCAAACCCAGAACAUAUAAAAAUGCUCCGUCAUCACGCGAGCGCACGGUUCCCUAUGAUUCAGAUCCCAGCGACUACUUUACUCUGCGCCCUUAUUUGCUCGGUGACCAUAGGUGCCUCUCGCACGAUGGAUUCGGGAUUCGGGAGGUUAUGACUAGUCGCUUCUCAAUCUUGUCAGACCUCUAUCCGCUUCUGAGACAUGAGCCGACCAGCAACCUUGAUAUCGGUCUUGGAUUAACUAGAGUAAGAAACAUGCAAGGCAGCGGCAAGCGUAGGGUGUCCAGCAGGCAAUUGCGGAUGAGCAACUACGGUCCAGUUCACUGCCAUAUGGGGAAGUAUAGGUGUUUUCUCCAAGCCAUGCUCGAUCUCAAGUACUGCCCUCGCUGUCCAUCUCAAAUUGGAGGCGUGCGACCGAAGGUUUUCUACGGAUCGAUGUUUUCGAAUCUAUUCGGACGGUUUUCUUCUUCUUCUCGAACUGUAUUUUAUACAUGGAUUUGGGUCGUCUCGGUAAUUUAA